GUUACAGGCAAUAACGUCAUUCUGAUUGCAGUUGAAGCUGAAAACUGUCGCUCGUGACGCGAUCACCAUUCGAUCAACUGUUUCGAUGGCUCCCAGUUGGCACCAACCGAUCCGAUAGCUCACAAUGAUCAGCUCACUUGCCAAUUCCUCGUCCAGCACGCAAGACUUCAAACACCUCGACUACAAUGGCCCCGACUCCAUACAGCAUUUCAGCCGAACCUGUCCUGACGUGUGAACCUGUGCUGGCGUGUGAACCCGUGCUGGCGAGCGACUCAGUGCUGGUGAGCGACCCUGUGUUGGAAUGUGACCCUGUUCCGCCACAGAACCUUUCGCUCGUGCUCGAAAAGGGAGGCGCAGUCAAGUUCGAAGAUCGUCCCGUGCCUGAGAUCGAGGACCCACACGACGUGAUCGUGAACGUCCGCUACACGGGAAUCUGUGGCAGUGACGUGCACUACUGCACACACGGCUGUAUCGGCAAGUAUGUGGUGGACAAGCCCAUGGUUCUAGGCCACGAGUCAGCUGGUGUCGUGCACGCCGUGGGAUCCGCCGUCAAGUCUCUCAAGGUGGGCGACCAAGUGGCCAUGGAACCGGGAGUGCCAUGCCGCCGGUGCCGCCGCUGCCUCGAGGGGAACUACAACUUGUGUCCGGACAUGGCGUUCGCGGCCACGCCCCCGUACGACGGCACGCUGGCCAAGUUCUACCGUAUGCCCGAAGAUUUCUGCUACAAACUGCCGUCCAAUGUCAGUAUGCAAGAAGGAGCGAUGCUCGAACCCACGGCUGUGGCCGUACACUUCUGCCGUCUGGCCAAGGUGUCACCGGGCCAUAAAGUCGUGGUGUUUGGUGUCGGCCCCGUGGGUCUGUUGACCUGCAAAGUGGCUCGGUACGUGUUCGGAGCCACGACAGUCGUCGGCGUGGACGUCAAUGAGAAACGUCUCGCGGUGGCCAAGGAGCACGGCGCGACGCACGUGUAUCUUGGAAAGUCGGGUGUGACGCCUCAAGAAUCGGCCGAGCAGAUCAUUGCCGAGUGCGGACUGGGCGACGGUGCCGAUAUCGUGAUCGACGCGAGUGGAGCGGAGCCCUGCAUCCAGACAGCCGUCUACGUCGCACGCAACGGUGGCACGUUCACACAGGGAGGCAUGGGCAAGACCGACAUCAUGUUCCCUAUUGGCAUCAUGUGCGGCAAGGAGCUACACGUGACCGGCAGCUUCCGGUACUCUGCAGGCGACUACCAGCUUGCACUCGACAUGAUUGCUAGUGGGCGGCUGAGCGUUAAGGAGCUGAUCUCGGAGACCGUGCCGUUCGAGGAAGCCAAGGAGGCUUUCGAGAAUGUCAAGCGUGGCAACGGCAUCAAGUGGCUUAUUGAAGGGCCUAGGAACUGAUGAGAGAAUGUUUCGUCCCUGAAAGAUGGUUUAGUGACAGAGGUUGGGCAUUGUGAAGCAAAUUUUGUUGCUGUAAUUCAUUCUGUUGUGGCUGUUGCUUCUUCAAUCUCGGCAGACUGCAGUGAUUGACCAUGAGCUGGGCAGAAUGCCCAUAAAUGAUCACCCUUCUUUUGUCUUCGUUUUAUGAAAAUGAAGAUUGAAAAUGAAGCCCGA